AUGUCACCCAAAACGCGUAUUUUUUUUAUUGCGCUGUUUGUUGCUCUCGUCUACGGGUACACCCUUCGCUCAAGACAGUCCACCACCAAGACCCAUUUGUUGAAUUAUGACGUCGAAGAAGACGCAACCUUUGCCAAGGAUCAAGAUAGCGGUCCUCUAUUGUCGGAGAACGCCAAGGAUGCGUUAUUACUACUUUGCGGAUCCGUCGUCGUUUUGGCUCUUGUAGGCUGGAUUUGGUACGCCAAUCAACGUGCAAAAGAGGCCCGCGACAACGAAUUACGGCGACGGGGCAGCAGCGGCCAAAUCUUUAUUGAGUGGGAUGAAUGU